UCAAUACCUAUACCAAUUACCCUCACUAAACCCACUAACAUCCCCUCUAACAGGCACCCCAAGCCUGUCCAACCUCCCAGAUCCCGGAUAAGCCUUGCUCGUGAAAUCAGCUUGCAAACCAGAAGACACUCUAUGACCCGACCUCAAAUCACCAAACCCAUGAAUCGACCGUGCAGAAAGUGCUUUCGCCUGUGUCUUGCUUCUUGGGCCUUGGGCCCGAGGAUUGGGCUUCACAGGACGAAGUGCUCAGGGCUGACUGGUAACGGGCCGUGGAGUCCUUUGACAUGUAAGAGAGGGUUCGGUUUCUGGAGCUGUCGACUUCGAGAAUUUUGUCGAAUUUGUCAAUGUCUGUUUGGUGAUGUGAUUUUUCGCUCGUUCGGCUGUCCAAACGGGUGCUGCUGUUCGAAUUCGAGCUGUUUCUCUAGUUCUUGCUUCAUGGUUCUAGCACGUAUAACAGCACGUUCUGAUUUUUCGGGAGUUGGUGGCCCCUGGAAAAUGUAG